CGCGGAGUCGUUGGUGUCGAUGUCUACGUUGUGUGUUCGAUGGCUAUAAAAUACAUUAGUGCUCUUUUCCCACAAUAGCACCCCCCCCUGUAAACUCAAUGGAGGUCUCUCGACAAGAAGCUUUCACUAAGCUCAAAGCGCCAUGCGUGGAACUCAGCUCAGUGGGCUUGCGGUUCCGAGGGCGUCAAGCUACCCCAAAUGAUGUCUUUCGAGCUCUCAGCCCAGUGUACAAUGUGCUGGACGAGCUAGCCCGUAGAGAUGCGCUGGAUGAGAAGUUAGCGGAAUAUGCAUUCUUUCCGCUAUGUCAUAUCUUCAACGAAACCCAACGGACCCCUGUCAACUCUUUGGAACUUUCCGUUAAAUGCUUGCGGAUCCUUGUCGAGAAAGGAUGGCGAAGGCGCUUAUCUCCUCAGAUGGGCAAACAGCUCAUCAUUCUGCUAACCUUGAUAGUGGGCGGGACACCGAAUAAGUCAGGUGGAACGCAGACUACACAGGCUCGGUCAUCCGAGCUCUCCAUUGCGGGAUUUGACUGUCUUCUAGCUAUAUUCAGCGUCCUAGAUGGUCCCCUGGCCAAACAGACCGUUUACCAUGAAGUCGGUACCGCGACUGUCGUGGAUCAGAUGGUCUAUCUUAUGCUUGAAGGCGUUGUGGAUGAGGGAUCAGAUGAACUCUGCAUAUCUGCAGCCAAAGCACUCCAAGCGCUCUUCCAGCGUACCACAGACCGGGUCGUGUUGGCUAGUAUAAUGCCGCGUACGGUUUCGACUUUGACCAAGGUCAUAAAACCGACGACUCAGAUCCGGCGAUCUUUUAAGCUUCUGUCAAUCUGUCUACAAACUUUCAACUAUCUGAUUAAGACUGUGCUAAACGAUCGGGUGGCCGAGAUCCCUGCGAAGUCAGCUUCGUCUCAGAAGGAAGAUGAUCAACUCGUGCUUGACGGGUCUUGGCUCAAGGCUACAGCUACGCAAAUAAAACUUGCUCUUGCGAAUGUCAUCCAAAUAAGACGCCAUGACCGACAUGAGGUCCAGACAGCGCUCCUGGAGCUCUGCUUGAUGAUAGUAGAAGACUGCCAGAACACGCUACAAGAGGCGCUGCCAAUCAUCGUCGAGACCGUCGUUGUGCUGUCCAAUGUGGAUGAAAAUCAAGUACCCAAUGAAGCAUUCCUUGCGCUUAAGCAUCAUGCAACUACAUAUCCACUCGUGGUUGACACUUUGAAGAACUCUCUACAUACAUGGGUCACUGCCUUUCCAAGGACCAUGCAAAGCAACGACGAAACAGCGAAGCAGUGGGCGGUCAAGCAGAUAUCGACUGCAUUUCAGGUGUUAUCACAGGUACAAUCCGGAUCAGAUAUCCUGGCAAGUAGCUUAGCGUCAGGCAUAUGCGAUAGUGUUGCUUCUUCUGUGAACAAUACGACAAAUGCUCUUCAGCCUCUAGGUUCUGAUGCAAAUAGCCAGAGCCUGGAAGUACUGCAUCAAGGAGUCAAAUCAGUUUCAUUCCCUUCCGUCAUUCUGGAGCACAGGAGCCAGCAACAAACACUAAGUGAUUUGCGGUCCAUGAUUUUCAAACUUAAUGCGUCUGAGUCUGGCCAUGAAAUCACACGUCUGAUCAUCAACCGAGUUCAUCAGGAGCACGGAAAUGCUCUCAUUGCCCCUCUUUGGUUGGGACUGACAUUUCUCAAGAGCAGCACGCAACUUACAUCGGUAUUCGAUGAUUUCAUCUCGGCGGAUGAGCUGGAACCUUCAAGUCAGCAUUUGUCAAAGCCUGGCAUGAUUGAGGAAUUAUACUACGUUUCAUUGCCUAUCUUAAACGACCCUUUGGCCGACGAGUCCAGGGACUGGCGAGUUCAGGCACUUGCUCUGGAAGCUGUCGCUCUCCAGGCACAGCAGCUCGGAGAGGCCUUUCGCCCAGAGUUGAUGGACGCUCUAUACCCUGUUCUCCAAUUACUCGCAUCCAAUAAUUCGAGUCUUCAGAAGCAUGCCAUGACAUGUCUCAAUAUUCUCACUGCAGCUUGCAAUUAUGGAGAUGCUAGCACAAUGAUCAUUGAAAACGUCGACUAUCUUGUGAACUCAGUGGCGUUGAAGCUCAACACCUUUGAUGUGUCGCCAUAUCCACCACAGGUUCUAUUGAUGAUGGUAAAGUUGUCUGGUGUGCGGCUGAUUCCUUACCUGGAUGACCUGGUGGACUCAAUAUUUGGUAUAUUAGACAUGUACCAUGGUUACCCGAAACUUGUUGAAAUGAUGUUCCGAACGCUGGCUGCUAUUGUCGAAGAAGGCACGAAAAGUCCCUCCUUUCUAGCGAUCGGUGAUGGGAAGGAUAGCAGGCACAUUGACCACCGCAAAAAGCAGUACGAGAGACUGCAGAUCUCGAAUUUGGCACAGGAUCUUGCGCAUCGCAAGGCCAAACGCGUAAAAUUAACCGAAGACCUUGGAGAUGCAGAUGAGAUGAUUCCACACCCGAAAAAGCCCUGGAAGAGCGAGCCCGAAAAGGCCGAACAGCAAGACACAGAUAUCAACUCCUUCGCUGAUCUACUCAAGGAAGAAGACUCAGACGAACCGCUCCCUCCACCGCGCGAGCCUGAAGACAGCGAGAAGCCCCUGAGCAAAUCCCACAAUAUUCUCCUCCAUAUCAUCAAAUCCAUCCCAUCCCAUCUAUCCUCGCCCUCCCCAUACCUCCGCCGGUCUUUACUCUCAAUCCUCGUGGAUGUGUUCCCAACUCUUGCUGCCCACGAGAACAGCUUCCUCCCCCUCAUCAACGAUUUAUGGCCUCCAGUAGCCUCAAGAAUCAGCUUCCCAGCCUCAUUCAACGAGCCUUCCUCAUCAACCACUCUCAUGACCAACCGCACCUCCGCAAUCGCAGACACCCGUCUGAAACAAGGCCCCGACGAAUUUGACUUCCAAGAAGAGAUCUUCGUCACCACCACAGCCUGCAAAGCCAUCGAAACCAUGUGCAAGACAGCCGGUGACUUCAUGUCCUCACGAGUCGAAACCGAAUUCCCCCGCUGGGAGCGCCUGUACACCCGCACAUGGGACAAAGUCCGACAAGACGCAGAAAGGGCCCUCGAACGCCGAGCCCAGCAACAAAUCCCUGAACAAACCACCGACACAACACUCUCCCUUACCUUCGCCCAAUCACUAUCCCUCACCACGACCGGAUCCCACGGCACCCGCGCCUUCACACCACACCACACCCUCUGGCGCGCCAUGGUCCCCUUAUUCAUCACCCUCCUCACGCACGUCCGUCUCCCGUUAUCCAUCGGCGACAGGAUCUGCGAAUUCCUCGCAUCCUGGAUAUCCCGAUACGCAGGACCAGAGUAUUACUUCUCUCGCCUGCAGAGGAAGACGAAACCCAGCCAACCAACACUGGAAACCGGUGUCUCUUCCCUAAACGUGGAAAUUGAAUCUGUCGAAAGCGUGAUCCAAGCCAUGGAGACGUGGAAUGCGGACUUGACCUGGUUUAUUUUCCAGGAGCAGAAGGGUCAAUUGUUGAAGAUGUUGGCGAAGACUAGGAGGACGACGAUUCCGACUCCCGCUCCUAAGAUCUGUGAGGUGGAUGAGGAUCCGUUAAGGUCGUGGUCGAUACCGGGGACAUCGUUGAGGUUUGCAGCAUUGGCGUUUUGAGCAUGGAUACUUGUUGAAGUUGGAAUGGUAAAGAGUUGAAGUGGUGAUGUAGACUAUAUAGACCACACCGUAUGUGGAGAGUUUUGCAAUGAACACUUUCAUAAUCAUCACUAUCUGCUGGUUUCCAUACUCCUCGG